CAAACCAAACAGGACAUGGAUACAUCAGAAAGAGUGAAAAAAGCAAAACUGCAGGGCCCACCAGAUAAAUUUAAUACCUAUGUGACCCUGAAGGUGCAAAAUGUGAAGAGUACAACAGUUGCAGUGCGAGGGGACCAGCCCUGCUGGGAGCAAGAUUUCAUGUUUGAGAUCAGUCGGCUGGACCUGGGCCUGAUCGUCGAAGUCUGGAACAAAGGGCUGAUCUGGGACACCAUGGUGGGCACUGCGUGGAUUGCGCUUGAGACCGUCCGGCAGUCGGAUGAGGAAGGACCUGGCGAGUGGUCUGCGUUGGAGGCUGAGGUCGUCAUGAAGCAGGAUGAGAUCUGCGGGACCAAAAAGCCAACGCCCCAUCGAAUUUUGCUGGAUACAAGAUUCGAGUUACCUUUUGAUAUCCCUGAAGACGAAGCCAGAUACUGGACCAAUAAACUAGAAGAGAUAAACUCUUCCCAAGAUGGUGGUGAGUAUUCAUUUUCGGAAGAAGUCCAGAAGAAACCACUGCCCACUGCUGCCUCCCAGUGUUCCUUCGAAGACCUUGAUAGCGCCGUGGAUGAUAGAGACAGCGACUACCGCAGCGAGACCAGCAACAGCAUUCCUCCUCCUUACCACACAAUCUCCCAGCCCAACGCCUCCGUACACCAGUUCACCGUGCCCUCGCGCCUGCAGCAGCAGGGAGUGUCUCGCGAGUCCUGCAUGGACUCCAUGCAGAGCUAUGAUCUGGAUUACCGGGAACGCAUGGCCAUCAGGCGAUAUGAUAGCCUAGAUUCCACUGUGAGUGGCCCAUCUGACGUAGGAUCUGCAUCUGAGUCUAGCCAAAUGACAAGCCGCCAGUACUCGCUAGAAAGCAGGCAGUCUCUAGAUUUGCCCGAUAGUCCUGCUGGCAGUAGCAGGUACGGCUCCUCGUGCAGCAUCAGUCAGGGAAGCUCUCAGCUGAGUGAGCUGGACCAUUACCAUGAAAGUGCCCACGGCUCUGAGCAGGAGGAUGAGCACCGGGAUGUGGAGUCAAGCCAUUCCUCCCAGAGUGCUGGCAGCUAUCCGAAGGAGGGGCAGGAGUGGCAAGGCGAGCAGGAGGGGCCCCGGGAGCAGCGCGAUGGAACAACAGAGAAGGAAAAGAUCAGUGAGACAGACGUGAAAUCUCAAGAUCGUUGUGCAUCCAGAUUAACCCCCCCACUGGAGAAGCCCCAGGAUCUCUCAGCAGAGCGGCCGGAGAGGUACCUGGAUGACGAUGAGCCUCCACCAUUUUCUCCAGCAAGAUCUCACUGGCUCCGAGCCAUUAACAAAAUACGACUACGGCUUCAGGAGGGUCAAGAUGAUGGAGAUCCGUCAAAACCACCUUGGUUCAAAGAAGGGCCUGCAGGUGGUCUCUAUGGCAUUGACAGCAUGCCUGAUCUACGUAAAAAGAAACCAGUUCCACUUGUCAGUGAUUUGGCUAUGUCGCUGGUUCAGUCCAGGAAGGCGGGAAUUACCUCCGCAAUGGCCACGAGAACGUCUCUUAAGGACGAGGAGCUGAAAUCGCAUGUCUACAAGAAGACCCUGCAAGCCUUAAUUUACCCGAUCUCCAGCACAACCCCUCACAAUUUUGAGGUGUGGACAGCGACGACGCCCACGUACUGCUACGAGUGUGAAGGGCUCUUGUGGGGCAUUGCCCGGCAGGGCAUGCGCUGCACCGAGUGUGGGGUCAAGUGUCACGAGAAGUGCCAAGACCUGCUCAACGCCGACUGCUUACAGAGAGCAGCAGAGAAGAGCUCUAAACACGGAGCGGAGGAUAGGACCCAGAACAUUAUCAUGGCCAUGAAGGACCGCAUGAAGAUUCGAGAACGGAACAAGCCAGAAAUAUUUGACUUGAUCAGAGAUGUUUUUUGCGAGAGCAAAUUAACGCAUGCUCAGCAAAUGAAGACCGUGAAACAGAGCGUGCUUGAUGGCACCUCCAAAUGGUCUGCGAAAAUCACUAUCACCGUGGUUUGUGCUCAGGGUCUGCAGGCCAAGGACAAAACUGGAUCCAGUGAUCCGUAUGUGACAGUGCAAGUUGGCAAAACGAAGAAGAGAACUAAAACCAUUUUUGGUAAUCUGAACCCUGUUUGGGAGGAGAAAUUCCACUUUGAGUGCCACAACUCCUCGGAUCGGAUCAAAGUGCGCGUCUGGGAUGAGGAUGACGACAUUAAGUCUCGUGUCAAGCAGAGGCUGAAACGUGAGUCGGACGAUUUCUUGGGGCAGACCAUCAUUGAAGUCCGCACGCUGAGUGGAGAAAUGGAUGUAUGGUACAAUCUGGAGAAAAGAACAGAUAAAUCGGCCGUGUCUGGGGCUAUCCGCCUGCAGAUCAACGUGGAAAUAAAAGGAGAGGAGAAGGUGGCUCCGUAUCACAUCCAGUACACUUGCCUUCAUGAAAACCUCUUCCACCAUCUCACAGAUAUUCAAGGGAAUGGGGUGGUGAAGAUCCCAGACGCCAAAGGAGAUGAUGCCUGGAAGGUCUAUUUUGACGAGACAGCCCAAGAGAUUGUGGAUGAAUUUGCAAUGCGUUAUGGUAUAGAGACAAUAUACCAGGCUAUGACGCACUUUGCAUGUCUCUCCUCCAAGUACAUGUGCCCGGGAGUGCCAGCUGUGAUGAGCACCCUGCUGGCCAAUAUCAAUGCCUACUACGCGCACACGACCGCGUCCACCAACGUGUCUGCUUCGGACCGCUUUGCAGCCUCCAACUUCGGGAAAGAAAGGUUUGUUAAAUUGCUGGACCAGCUGCACAACUCACUCCGUAUCGACCUGUCCAUGUAUAGGAACAAUUUCCCAGCUAGCAGCCCGGAGCGGCUACAGGACUUGAAAUCCACAGUGGACUUGCUGACCAGCAUCACAUUUUUCAGAAUGAAGGUUCAAGAACUACAGAGCCCUCCUCGAGCCAGCCAAGUAGUGAAGGACUGUGUGAAGGCCUGUCUCAACUCAACCUACGAAUACAUCUUCAAUAAUUGCCACGAGCUGUAUAGUCGCGAGUACCAGACAGAUCCCAACAAAAAUCAGGAUCUUCCUCCUGAAGAACAAGGCCCCAGCAUCAGGAACCUGGAUUUCUGGCCUAAACUCAUUACUCUGAUAGUGUCCAUUAUAGAAGAGGAUAAAAAUUCCUAUACCCCUGUCCUGAACCAGUUUCCCCAGGAGCUCACGGUCGGGAAGGUCAGUGCUGAAGUCAUGUGGAACCUCUUUGCCCAGGAUACGAAAUACGCCAUGGAAGACCACGAGAAGCACAGACUGUGUAAAAGCGCCGACUAUAUGAACUUGCACUUCAAGGUAAAGUGGCUGCACAACGAGUACGUUCGCGAUCUGCCGGCCUUCAAGGGGAAAGUGCCUGACUACCCCGCGUGGUUCGAGCAGUUUGUGAUGCAGUGGCUGGAAGAGAACGAAGAUGUUUCCGUGGAAUUCCUGAAUGGAGCCCUGGAGAGGGAUAAGAAAGAUGGGUUCCAGCAGACGUCUGAGCAUGCCCUGUUCUCCUGCUCGGUGGUGGACGUCUUCACGCAGCUUAAUCAGAGCUUUGAGAUCAUUAAGAAGCUGGAGUGUCCGGACCCGGUGAUUGUCGCUCACUAUAUGAGGAGGUUCGCUAAGACCAUUGGGAAGGUGCUGAUGCAGUACGCCGACAUUCUCUCCAAGAACUUCCAGUCCUACUGCUCCAAGGAGAAACUACCCUGCAUCCUGAUGAACAACAUUCAGCAGCUGAGAGUGCAGCUUGAGAAGAUGUUUGAGGCCAUGGGUGCCAAGGAGCUGGACCCCGAAGCGAGCGACCAUCUCAAAGAGCUGCAGGUGAAGCUGAACAACGUUCUGGAUGAGCUCAGCGUGGUGUUUGGUAACAGCUUCCAGAGCCGCAUUGAUGAGUGUGUCAAGCAGAUGUCAGACGUGCUCUGUCAAGUGAAAGGGACGGGCAAUAUCCCUGCCAAUGCCAGGAACACGGUGGCACAAGAUGCAGACAACGUCCUGAGGCCGUUAAUGGACUUCCUGGAUGGAAACCUCACGCUCUUCGCCACGGUGUGUGAGAAGACGGUGCUGAAGCGGGUGCUGAAGGAGCUCUGGAGGGUGGUGAUGAACACCAUGGAGAAGCUGAUCGUGCUGCCGCCGCUCACCGACCACACGGGGGCGCAGCUGAUUUUCAGUGCUGCCAAGGAGCUGGGGCACUUGUCGAAGCUGAAGGAUCACAUGGUGAAGGAGGAGACCAGAAGCCUCACUCCCAAGCAGUGUGCGGUGCUGGACCUGGCACUGGAUACGAUCAAACAAUAUUUCCACGCCGGCGGGAACGGCCUGAAGAAAACCUUCUUGGAGAAGAGCCCAGAGCUGCAGUCGCUGCGCUACGCGCUGUCCCUCUACACUCAGACCACGGACACGCUCAUCAAAACCUUUGUCCAGACCCAGACGGCCCAGGGUUCGGGUGUGGAGGACCCCGUGGGCGAAGUGUCCAUACAGAUCGACCUGUACACGCACCCAGGGACCGGCGAACACAAGGUCACCGUGAAAGUGGUGGCAGCCAACGACCUGAAGUGGCAAACCUCCAGCAUGUUCCGCCCCUUUGUCGAGGUCACUAUGAUUGGCCCGCACCAGAGUGACAAGAAAAGAAAGUUCACCACCAAGUCCAAGAGCAACAACUGGGCGCCCAAAUACAACGAAACCUUCCACUUCAUCUUGGGGAAUGAAGAUGGCCCGGAUGCCUAUGAGCUCCAGGUCUGCGUGAAGGAUUACUGCUUUGCCCGGGAGGAUCGGGUCCUGGGGAUAGCCGUGAUGCAGCUCCGGGACAUAGCGGACAAAGGGAGCUGUGCUUGCUGGUGCCCACUGGGGCGUAGGAUUCACAUGGACGAGACGGGGCUCACGGUCCUGAGGAUUCUCUCGCAGCGCACCAAUGACGAAGUGGCCAGAGAGUUUGUCAAGUUGAAAUCGGAGUCCCGCUCCGUGGAAGAAGGCACCUGAGCUGAGCGCGGAACAUCCCCUCCUCAUUUUCCUUGUGCCAACAUGUGCGAGUGUUCAAUGACUUUUCUUUUCCUAAUUACAAAAGGUUUUUCAGUUCGCCUGUGUUAGCGCCGCUAGUGCACGAGCCGUGCGGGAGACAGCCCCCCAGUCUGCUGUGACUGCGUUAGUUUGUAGUGCUGGGCAAGGCAACGUGGAGGAGACGACGCCCUGUGUAUCUCAGACGUGCGUUGUGCUCUGUGCAAAAUGGUUUUCUGUCUGGGCGGGGCACACUGGCGUGUGUAGAGAGGGGACACGGUGAGUUUUAGCCAUUGGCGUCGGCAGACCUGAAACGUCUUCAGGAUCAAGCCAUGGGCCCGACCUCCCCAGCGUGGGUCGGGAGGAGAGCGAUGCUUUCGGGGGUUGGGAAGCGCGGCUGUUCCCCAUGCUGCUGAGCUGCCCAAGGAAGGGCUGGUGUUGAGAACGCUGGUACCUGCCAUGUGGGUACCUCUGAUGCCGCGUGGUUUGGUGAUCUGCCGGUGGAACGGAGACCAAAUGAGUGACCCAGACCACGCGGCUGUGAGUGGAGGCAGGACGAGCCUUUGCCCAGCUGAACAGGAGCAGACCCCAGCUGUGUAAGGCGUUGCGCUGUCGCAGGCUGCUAGCUGAUUCCAAGAGCCACAUGUGGGGCCCCGGCGCAAGUAUGGGGAUGACAAAUGAAACGGGUGCCCAAUGCUGGGCUGACACCAGGCAAGCCCAGGGGCGUUGGGUGUGAGCUGGCAGCGCAGUAUUUACAAGAGGUCACUCACAUGGGUUCGGGUGGCUUGGCUGAGGGUUCCCUGCUAUAUACCCGGAGGGACUGACCCGACGGGGGCAGGCACAGCAUGUGCCCAUCACAAAGAACUGUCCAAUCACACGAGUCGGAGAAGGGGAGGGGCUUUUCCCUCGAUCUCGAGGUUGCUGUUAGCCAUGCACAGGAUGGUUUGCCGGUGGUAGGACUGUCCGUCAUUCUGUGAAUUCAUGUCACCACGGGAAAUAUUUUUGCACUAGAUUAAAGAAGUGUCCAAUUUUUUCUUGUAAAAUGCAAAGUUUUGAGCAAAGAUGAUCACAGAGACAGCCGGGUUGGCUUUUAGCGGAUAUUUCUAAGCCCGGCAGGUAAAGAUUGGGAUUUAUACUUGAGACUUUUCUUUUCUUUCCUAUUUGCAGCCAAGCGAGCACUCUGAAAACAGAAGGUGGAAUGAGCCAGUCCUGGCGCAUAACGUACUGUAACACUGUCAAUAAAGUCAAGGACUGCAUUUUGGGUGAUUCCUUUUGUAUUUUAUUUUCUAUUUUUCUCUGACAUUUGUACAGCUGUAUGAUAUGAACCGUGUUCUCCACAGGCCUGCUUGUCGAGUUCUCAUACCUGCUCUGUUGCUGUCUAUACACGUAUUAUAAUAAUGGUCUUCAAAGCUCCGAGCUAUUGUUAUUUUUAAUCAUUGUCUGUGCCAUUGGUUUAGAAAAUGGUAGUACAGUCUUGAAUAAAUUCUCUUUUAGCAUCA